GUGCGCAUGCUCGUUGGAACCAGUGGCCGUUGGCGCCUCUGCCGUUAUGAGGUGGGGAUGCUGCUCUCACGGCUCCCAGCCGCUGCUAUGGUGGACGGCCUCGGAAAGGCGGAGUCGGGAGCCCAGUUGCUUGCUCGACUGGAAGGCAGAAGCUCCCUGAACAAGCUUGAACCUUACCUCUUUGCUGAGGAAGGAUAUCCCAUUCAUGGAGAUAUUGUUGAAUUCCAUGGUCCUGAAGGAACAGGGAAAACAGAAAUGCUCUAUCACCUUGUUGUCCGCUGCAUUCUUCCAAAAGCAGGAGCGGGCUUGGAAGUCAGCGUGCUUUUUAUCGAUACCGACUUUCAUUUUGACAUGCUGCGUCUGGUGACCAUUCUGGAACACAGGCUAUCCCAAAGCUCCGAGGAACUCAUCAAGCAAUGUCUGGGGCGGUUUUUCCUCGUGACCUGCAGCAGCAGCACUCAGCUGCUUCUCACCCUUUACUCAUUGGAAAACAUGUUUUGCUCUCACCCUUCGCUCUGCCUCUUGAUGAUUGACAGCAUGUCAGCCUUUUAUUGGAUUGACCGAGCGAAUGGUGGGGAGAACCUCAGUCUGCAGGAAGUGAACCUACGGAAAUGUGCUCAGUGUCUUGAGAAGCUUGUCCGAGAGUAUCACUUGGUCUUGUUUGCAACAACCCAAACCAUCAUGCGGAAAUCAUCAAACUGUGCUGAAAGCGCUGGAAAACUCCAGGGUGAGACAGAGGUGGACUACCGACCUUACCUCUGUAAGCCGUGGCAACAACUGGUAACCCAUCGGAUCUUUUUCACCAAGCAGUGCCAUCCAAGCAGCGCCAAUGGAUUUUCAAUUACAUCCUGCCAUAUCCGUAGUAACAGUGUUGUGAAGCGCCCAUUUAGCAUUUCAGAAUGUGGAACCCUGUUUUAACGGUGGGCUGUUUUUAAUAGUGUAGAAAAUGUUGAUGGCUAAAUUGCCAAGUUAGGAUAAAAUAUGCAAUUUUAAAAAAACUUUUUAAAAAUUUUAUACAAACAUUCCCUAAAGUGUAAUCUGACCAUUUCAGAGCGUAUUCCUUUCUCGUCCUCCUACUUGCAGACGUAUUAAGGACUUUUAAGAAGAAACAAAAGAUCGGUGAUCUCUGGGAUCAAAUAGCUGAGGGCUGUACAGUUUCUCUCUCUUACACAGGGCUAUGUUAAUGAAUGGGUUAACGGCAGCAGUACACCUGAAGCUCAUAAGAAGAGUUCACACCAUGUUUGCAAAGAUUUGGACAGGAAGUCAUCUGUCACUGAACCAUAGAUAGAUACAGCCGCUGUUCUUAUUCAGUGGAAGAACAACAGAUCUAUUGCAAAGUCUACAAGAGGUCAGUUUUCUUGUCUACUCAUUUCUUCCUUUACCAUCUGAUCAAAAUAAUUUUGUAUGCAAUAUGAAAACAACAAAAAAUUGAAAAAAUACUGUACCAAGGCUACAAAAAUUGCUGAAUGUGCAAAUUUAAUGCAAAGCGUGCACAAGGGUAUAUAAAAGUAAACAAAGUAAGUAAGACUACGAACAAAGCCAAAAUAUCACCAUGAAAUCAAUGUCAAAAGUGCACAAUCAAGAAUAAUCCAAAAGUCCAAAAAUGGGACAAGCUCCCCUUGUUGGCCCGUUUCCAGGUUAGCUUUUCUCGCUUCAUCAGCAGUUUAGUUGACCUUGCCCAUAAAUCUUGGAGUCACUAGCUCAUGAUCUAUCAUAAAAGGCAACUGUUUGCCAUAUAUAAUAUUCAGUUUUCAGACUCUAGGAUGUUAUAUUCUCCAGUGGGCUAAGUCAUUUUGUGCUUUGAAGCUAAAGGCUUCGAUGUCAAUGCUAAAACUGCAUGCUAAAUUAUGUAAAAUUGAUGGAUGGCUGCCAUGACAUCUACUGACACCUUUUCUUGUGCCCACUAAUUGUUUUUAGAAAGUGGGUGGGGCUUUUGCCAGCCAGGCUUCUUAGUGGGCCAUUGAAGGUAUGAUUGGCUUUACAGAUUCUUAAAAACCUUGCUUUGGCAAUAGCUGCUACUAUCUGCUGUGUGUAUUCAAGAAAUUGUUUUAAAACAAUAUGUAUACUAAGCAUACUGUUAAAUACAGCUUCUGUCUGAAAUAUGAAGAGUUACUGUUAGAAUUAACCUCACUUCCUGACAUCAUGUGGUUGGGUCUGUGUACUGACACAGCCAUUUUUUCAUUGCACCCACCGUCCAGUGUCAGAAUUCCGAAGGUGCCCAUAGCCUCAAAAAGGUUGGGGAACACGAGCUAAACAAAUAACAGCUCCAAGCCAUGUUAAGGAGCUCACUGAGGAAAAACAAAGGCACGACUUGAGGACUCUUCAAUACUGGGGCCAGCAAUUCUCAUAAAUGCAAGUGAUUCUGAAGCCUUUAAACUCUGGAUCUUGUUCCAGUCUUCAAGAGUUUGUUACAGACUCUAGUUUCAUUUUGAAAAAAAAAUGCUAUUAUUUUUUCAUGACUCCAUCCAAAUGGCAUCUUUUUCCAACAAGUGUUUUGGUAAUAACUCGUGGAAAAUUAUCUUUAGAAAAGAUUGAGCAGAAUGAAAUCUUAGAGCUGAAGUUUCUUAUUUUAAAAGCCAUUAACUCUGGAUAUGAGAGUCCAUUUGCUGUAGUGUCUGUCCCUUCCCACCCCCAGUAGGGAUUUUGGGCACCAAGACUCUUUCAAAACUGUUAAGAACUAGUGAAAAUGGAGAAGGAGCAGGUACAAAUAUGUGUGGAGAGGGAGAGUUCAUAAUCAUGGAUGUGGAGGAUAUCAAACUAAUGAUGUUUAAGUACAGAUAAUUACAUUAGUAAUAUUCAGAAUCUUGUAAUGGGGCAUGGUUAAAAAAAUCUCAUGGAGAAAAGUUUGGAUUUUUUCUCUUUCUUUUCUCAACCAUAAGGAGUUUCAAAGCAUCUUA